AUGGUCCAAGUUCUUCUUCUCGGAGGCCACGGCAAGGUCGCUCUGCACAUGACCAAGCUGCUCACAAAAGCCGGCCACAUCGUAACCUCCAUCAUCCGCAGCGCCGACCACAUCCCCGACAUCAACGCGCACGCCGUCUCCCCAGGCCUCGUCAAGCCAACCGUCAGCUCAAUUGAAGACGCCACGCCCGAAUCCAUCGCAGUACAGCUCGAGGGGAUUGAUUGGGUUAUCUGGUCGGCCGGCGCCGGCGGCAAAGGCGGCCCCGAACGUACCAUCGCCGUCGAUCAAGAAGCCGCAAAGAAGUACAUCAGCGCCUCUCUCGCCGCCCCUUCCGUGUCCAAGUUCCUGAUGGUCUCCGCGCUGAUCUCGCGGCGCGAGCCAGCGCCGUACUGGGGCGAGGAGGACGUUGCGUCGUUCCGCACGGGGUGGAAGGCGAUUCCGACGUACUGCGAGGCGAAGCUGCAGGCGGAUAUUUGGCUGUAUGAUGAGAGCCGGAAGUUGGAGAAGGCCGGGGGGAAGAGCGUGGGGUGGGAGGAUAUACAUUUGAGGCCCGGGUCGCUCUCGGAUAAGGAGGCGACGGGGAAGGUCGAUUUGGGCAGGGCUAGGGCGAAAGGGGAAGUGAGUAGGGCGGAUGUGGCAGCGGUCGGGGUGGCGCUGUUGGAGAGGGGGGAUGUGGCAGGGUUGUGGGUGGAUUUGGUGGAGGGCGAGGAGGAGAUUGGAGAGGCGGUGGAGAGGGUGGUGAAGGGGAAGAUUACGGCGAGGACGGACGCGGAGUAG